AUGACACUUCAUUCCGCCUCAUCUUCAAGUUUUUUAAGCGAGACAGAAGAAAAUCAUUAUAAUAUCAAUGAAAAUAAAAUCAUAGACAUGUUACUCGCCAUUUUCGAAGCGAUUGUCGUCAUUAUAUUGGAAUCAAUACUCUUCGAUCGUUUUCAGAAAAGAAUACCACCCGAUGUAAACAUAGAGGAAGGUCUAACAAAAGGUAUUCCUGUCUAUUUGGUUAUAUUCAUUAUAUCACUCGUGUUUCAAGUAGCACUCGCAUGGGAUGCGGUUUACAACAAGAAUACAAUUCAAGUAAUCGCUUUCAAUUUAUUCAACUUAUGCUGUUUCAUCUAUGCGGUUUUCCAAUUCAAGCAGAUAGCUAGGGCAUUGAAAGAUACACUAGGAGAUAGAGCUUUGGUUUGGGAUUUGCAAAAGUUCAUCAUAGCUAACCCCAUCAUCAUUGGUAUCUGUCAGUUGGUUUAUUUCUAUUUGGGAGCAAGAUUGUAUUUGGAAUUUGGCUGGCGAGUCUAUAAAAAAAUCGGGGCUGAUCCUGAUAUACGAAAUAUGUACCGUUGGUAUCAGAUCUUUCUCACUAUCCUAAAACUAGACAUUUUCUUCUUCCUGGGCUAUUCUGUGCAGUAUCUGGUGCUCGUCCUACAAAAAGGUGACGCAGAAUAUCCUUUAACGAUAGUUGCAUUACCGCUGAUUUGCAUCGGUCUAUUGCUUGCUGUAUAUGCUAUAAAGCAUGAGUCAAAACAGAUGAUCAUGUUGUUCUUCUUGGGUUUGGCUGCAGGUGUUGCCUAUUUUAUAUUCAAGAUCUGUCGUAUGUAUGACGAAUCACAAGCAGCAAAGUACUUGUAUGUUAAACAGGUCCUUACUUUCUUCGUACUGAAAACCGCAAAGGAGACUAUAGAUGAAGAAGAAAAUGAAAAUAGCCGCACUUUGUCACUCGAUUGA